AUGGAUUUCAUGAAAGUUCUCGGAACUGUGCUCUCUGUCUGCUGCUACCCGACCUACGCAUCCAAACUGUUUCGUGGUCAGCGGAUUUGCCGCCGCGGCACGGAGCAGCCCUGCUACAAGGUUGCAUACUUCCAGGAUGUACAUCGCAAGGUGAACUUCGAGGAGGCCAGCCGUGCCUGCCGCAGCGACGGUGGCGAGCUGCUCAGCAUCGAGUCAGAGAGCGAGCAGCAGCUCAUCCAGAGCUUCAUCCGGGAGCUGCGUGCCUCCGAUGGGGACUUCUGGAUAGGGCUUCGCAGGAGCCAGGGAUACCAGGAGAUCGGCAGUGACUGCAGCACAAAGUACCACUGGCUGGAUGGCAGCCAGGCCUCUUUCAGGAAUUGGCAUUGGGAUGAGCCAUCAUGUGGAUACGAGGUGUGUGUGGUGAUGUACCACCAGCCCUCAGCACCCCCAGGCAUCGGGGGCCCUUAUAUGUUCCAGUGGAAUGAUGACAACUGCGACACCAAGAACAACUUCAUCUGCAAGUACACCCGAGAAAAGCAGCCUGUCUCAACAGCAGCAGGUAAUGCUACACAUACAGAUGCUCCAACCAUAUCUUUGAGACCAAAGUAUCCAGCAGUUACAGUGGAUGAUCAGAAGGUCAAAGUAGAGGUGUCUCGACCAACAGACAAUGCCCUGAAUAUUGCCUACAUUGUCCUGCCCACCAUACCCCUGCUGUUGCUGUUGCUGGUGGCAUCAGGGGUCUUCUGUUUCAAGCUCCUUGCACAAAGGAAGAAGGAGCAGACUGAAACCUGUCCCAAGGAACCAGGGUACUGGGUGUCUGGGCAGCGCUGCAACAGCCCCAGCCCAGAUGUGUACAAUGUCAUCCGCAAGCAGCAGGAGGCCGACCUGGCUGGCACCCGCCCAGACAUCAAGAACACCUCUUUCCUUGGCUCAUCGCCUGACACCCCGCCAGGUGACUAUGACAACCUAGCAGGCAGGGACACUGAAAGCGGCUUUGUGACUCUGGCCAGUACAGAGAGUGGCUUUGUCACCAACGAUAUCUAUGAGACCUGCCAGAGCCGAGGCCGCUACUAUCGUGAGACGGGCUGGGUGGAUAAUGAGAUCUACGGCUACUGA